GAGGAGAUCGGCGGAACCAAACCGGAAUGGGUGAAGCAAGUGCCACCACACAUGGCCGCGCCGCUCGGCAGGCCUUACACCAUAGAAUGUGUGGCCACUGGCAACCCAUCGCCUACCGGGCGCUGGAUGAAGAACGGCAGGGAAUUGGUGCUGGGAACCAGGUUCAUCGCGGAAUCCCGCGAGGGUACGCUGAAGCUGAACAUCCUCGAAGCCAAGGAUGAUGACGAGGGUGACUACACGUGCGAGGCUUCGAACAACAUCGGCUUCAUUUACAGCACUGGACACCUUAAGAUCGGAAGCCCGCCACGCAUCACCAGAAUGCCAGGCGACAUGCACCUACCAGAGCAUGAAAACACCAAGAUCAAGAUCCUCUACACUGGAGACCAGCCCGUUGACGUCACGCUUACCAAGGACGGCCACAAAGUGUCCGAGUCGCCAAGGCUGAAAUACACUGUCUUUGACGACUACAUGCUUAUCUUCAUCAAGGAUAUCAGCAAGGAUGACAUGGGCACAUACAAGCUCACAAUCAAGAACAACUCCGGCGAGACGUCAGACUCGUUCUCCGUGACGGUGACAGGCCUGCCCGGCCCGCCGCAAGGCCCGCUGGAGGCCACUGACGUCAGCCGCCACUCCUGCACGCUGGCGUGGAAGCCUCCCGCGUACGACGGCGGCUCGCCCGUCACUCACUACGUCAUCGAGAGGAAUGACACCUCAGGAACGGCCUGGAUCACCAUCGCGUCAUCUGUACGCGACACCAAGUUCACAGUGCAAGGGUUGGUGGAAGGACAGGAGUACAACUUCAGGGUUCACGCCGCUAAUGACAAUGGUGUGGGACCCGCGCUGGAUGGAGUCAAUCCUAUCAGGGCGAAGGCACCAUACGACCCGCCAUCAGCGCCCGGCAUUCCGAAAAUCCUGGAGGUCGGAGGAGACUUCGUGCACCUGGAAUGGGCCAAGCCCGAGAGCGACGGAGGGGCUAGGAUACAAGGCUACUGGGUGGACAAACGCGAGGUCGGCGCAAGCACGUGGCAGCGCGUGAACGCUGUGCUCUGCCUGCCCAACAUGCUGAACUGUGCCAACCUGAUCGAGGGCCGCCAGUACGAGUUCCGCGUCACCGCACAGAACGAGGCCGGCCUGUCCCCGCCUAGUACCGCCAGCCAGCAGGUCAAGGUCGUCGACCCCAAGGCUGCCACGCCGCCAGAGAUCGUGAAGCCACUGAAGAACGCAAACUGCAUCCAGUACCACAACGCCAAGUUCCAGUGUACCAUCACUGGUCAGCCGAAGCCUACCAUCACGUGGUACAAGGGUGCAAGGGAGAUAACCAACGGCCCGCGCCACCGUAUCUGGAGCGAGGGAGACAACCACUUCUUGACAGUUGUGGACGUGUUCGGUGAAGAUGCUGAUGAAUACGUCUGCCGCGCCGUCAACCGCGCCGGAGUCAAGAGCACACGUGCUGAACUGCUUAUUAUGACCGCGCCGAAACUGAACGUGCCACCACGCUUCCGCGACACUGCAUACUUCGACAAGGGCGAGAAUGUGGUCGUCAAGAUCCCCUUCACGGGACACCCGGUGCCCAAGAUCACGUGGGUGCGCGAGGGAGAGACCAUAGAGUCUGGACUACACUACCACGUGGAGAGGAAAGAACGCCACGCGAUCCUGACCAUCAGAGACGCCAGCAAACUGGACUCAGGACCGUACAGGAUCACGGCUGAGAAUGAACUGGGACAAGACUCGGCCAUCAUCAAUAUUGAGAUCAGCGAUCGCCCAGACCCACCACGGUUCCCAGCGGUGGACAACAUCGGCGUGGACUCGCUGGCUCUCAGCUGGAAGGCGCCAGUCUGGGACGGUGGCUCCGACAUCACCAACUAUCUGGUGGAGAAGCGAGAGCACCCGAUGACCAGCUGGAUCCGGGUCGGCAACACCAGGUUUACCACCAUGGCCAUUACUGGUCUGGUGCCCGGCAAACAGUACGAGUUCCGCGUCUACGCAGAGAACAUCUACGGACGGUCGGAACCUAGCGACACCACGUCACUGGUGCAGACCAAGGCCGUCGUCAAGAAGGAGUUCAAGAAGAAGGAAUAUCCUGUGGAUGAAACCGGCAAGCGUAUACGCACGAACGCGGACCACGGACCAGUGAAGGACUACGACAGUUAUGUCUGCGACAUCUACAGCAAGUACGUGCCGCAGCCCGUCGACAUCAACACCUGCUCUGUGUACGACAGAUACGACAUACUGGAGGAGAUUGGCACAGGCGCGUUCGGCGUUGUCCACCGAUGCCGCGAGAGGGCCACCGGCAACUACUUCGCCGCUAAAUUCAUCCCGGUCACUGGUGCGAUGGAGAAGGAGCUCAUCAAGAAAGAGAUAGACAUAAUGAACCAGCUGCACCAUAGGAAACUGAUUAAUCUUCAUGAUGCGUUUGAGGAUGACGAUGAGAUGGUGCUGAUAUUCGAGUUCUUGUCCGGAGGCGAGCUAUUCGAGCGCAUUACAGAACCUGGUUACAACAUGAGCGAGGCCGAAGCGGCCCACUACAUGCGGCAGAUAUGCGAAGGUGUCAGGCAUAUGCACGAACAGAACAUCAUUCACUUGGAUCUCAAGCCCGAGAACGUCAUGUGCCAGACACGCAGCGGCACUGAUGUCAAGAUCAUCGACUUCGGCCUGGCCACGAAGCUGGAUCCCAAUGAGGUAGUCAAGAUCUCCACCGGUACAGCCGAGUUCGCCGCGCCAGAGAUCGUGGAGCGCGAACCGGUCGGAUUCUACACAGACAUGUGGGCCGUGGGAGUUCUAUCAUACGUGCUCCUCUCCGGCCUAUCACCGUUCGCGGGUAACAACGACAUCGAAACCCUCAAGAACGUGAAAGCCUGUGACUGGGAGUUCGACGAGGAAGCCUUCCAGCAUGUGUCUGAUGACGCCAAGGACUUCAUCAGGCGGCUGCUGGUUAAGAACAAGGAGAAACGUAUGACAGCGCACGAGUGUCUAAUGCACAAGUGGUUAGCCGGAGACGCGGCUGCCGCCAGAACCGCCACCAUCGAAGCCAGGAGAUACGAGGCGCUGCGCAACAGGCUACGGGACAGAUACGAGAACUGGUCGUCAUUCGCGCUGCCGAUCGGCAGGUUGAGCGAGUACAGUUCGCUGCGCAAACUGCUCAUCGAGAAAUGGAAGAUCUACGACGGACAGUUCGACCGGCGGCAAGCGGCGCCGCGGUUCGUGAUCAAGCCGCAAUCGGCCUUCUGCUACGAGGGCCAGUCAGUAAAACUGUACUGCCGCAUCAUCGCCUGCGCCACGCCCACCGUCACGUGGUCACGCAACAACCACGAGCUCAGGCAGUCCGUCAAGUUCAUGAAGAGAUACGCGGGCGAUGAUUACUACUUCAUUAUCAACCGCGCGAAGCUGGAAGACCGCGGCGAGUACAUCAUCCGAGCGGAGAACCACUACGGAUUCCGGGAGGAGGUCGUGUUCCUCAAUGUACAACCGGUUCCCAAGGUCCAACGCCAACACUUGCCGGAAGCGCCGCGCCGCCGCGAGGCGUUGCCCUACACCUUCUGGCAGGAGUCGAGCGAGACGGCGCCCGCCUUCACCUUCCAGCUGCGGCCGCGCGUCAUGCAGGCGCGCGACACCUGCAAGCUGCUCUGCUGCCUCAGCGGCAAGCCCACGCCCACCGUCAAGUGGUACAAGGAUAGAAAGGAGCUAUCCAAGUUCGACUAUUCCAUGACGCACGCCGAUGGCGUCGUCACCAUGGAGAUCAUCGACUGCCGGCCCGAGGAUAGCGGCAAAUACAGCUGCAUCGCCACCAACAUCCAUGGCACCGAUGAGACCUCGUGCGUCGUUAUUGUUGAGGGCGAGGUAGUGUCACCCGAGCAAGCGGCGCUAGCGCACAACUUCCUGCACUCAGGAGACCGCCGCUACAUCGAGAAGCCCAUCAAGCCUGCACCACCUCCUAUCAUCACCAAGACUAAGGUCACAAUCGACCCGCCACAGAAGUCGCACGCCGUUCCCAGGCCCAAAUACUCGCCGCAGAGCUCGGUAGAAGCGAGCAAGAAGAAGUACGGCGCCAAACUGGACUCGGACGCGUCUUCGCGGUCGAGGAGCGCUACUAAAGAGCUAGUUUUACCAGCGUCAGACUCAACGAUGUGCGCGCCAUCAUUCGCGCGCGCGCUGCCCGACGUGCUAAACGCGCGUGACGGCGCGCCUUUACUUCUGUCGUGCUCGGUGCGCGGUGACCCCGACCCGCGCGUGCAGUGGUACAAGAACGGCAAGCCGCUGCACUCGUCUGAGGUGGUAGACCUCAAGUACAAGAACGGCGUAGCCUCGCUGGCAAUCAGCGAGGUGUUCCCCGAAGACGAAGGCGAAUACUCGCUCAAGGCCAUCAACAGCCAGGGCGAGGUCGAGACCAAGUGCAAGGUCUCCGUCAAACCCAUGGACGGCUCGGCGGCGGCUCCCGGAGUGAAGACCGGCGACAAGCCGCCGAGGAUCGUGGACCAUGCGCAGUCGCAGGUCGUCACCGACGGCGAUGCGGUCACGCUGGCCUGCAGGUAA